CAGUUGCUUUCUUCAUUGAAUAAUCUAAAUAAUUAAUACGAAGUGGUGUUUUGUGGUUAAUGAUCGCAUUAAGUUAGUCGGAAGACAUUCGCGAGUGUUAUUAUAUUGGAGUAUUCAAUAAACAAAGUGUAUCUGCCUAUUUUCGCUUCGUGUCAGGAAGCCGCUUCAUAACUCAAAAGUUUAUGCGGACUUUUGAGUUAAUUCGUUUGGGGUUCGGAGUAGGAGUCUACUCCGAGGGUGGGGGCUUAGGUUUCAUCAUCAUCACCUUUCAUCAUUUCAUUAAUCAUCAAGAAAAAAAAUACGUCAGACAUGGCUGUAUGGGCAUAGUUCCCUUUGCCUUACCCUUCGGGGAAAACCAAACCAAAAAAAAAAAAUCGAUUUGACAUUUCUGUAAAUCUGCACUUUCUGACGUUUCAAUUAGCUUCAAAACAUUCAAUUUAUACUAUAAUUUUGCAUGAAGUUGGUGAAGAAAAGGAUUUUUGGAAGUAUUUUCCAGAAAAUCAUGAAGAUGAAUGCUUCUACGGCUUCAGAACCUUCAAUGAAAUCUAUUAAGGAAGGCCAGGCGGAAAUAUGUCUGAAGACAGAGAAGGUUUUCUACAAUCCGGUUCAGGAAUUCAAUAGAGAUCUGAGUAUUGCCGUCCUGACAGUUUUCUCUAAGGAUUAUAGGGUUGAGGCACUAGCUAAAGCUGAAAAGAAAAAUAAAAACAAAACACAUGAUUCUGAGGACAAUGGGAAUAAAUCUGAGGUGGAAUUCACAAUACUAGAAGCGUUAUCAGCAACAGGGUUGCGAAGCAUCCGGUACGCUAAAGAAGUGCCGAAUGUAACCAAGAUCGUAGCCAAUGAUUUGUCCGAACAAGCAGUACAGACAAUCAAAGCCAACAUUGUCCAUAACAAUGUAGAGAGCCUGAUAGAUACCAGUCAUGAUGAUGCUUGCAUGUUAAUGUACAAACACAAGCAGCCAUCGAAACGGUUUUCGGCGAUAGAUUUGGACCCUUACGGCUGCCCGUCCAUCUUCCUCGACUCCGCAGUGCAGAGCGUUCAGGACGGUGGCCUACUGCUCGUCACUGCCACUGACAUGGCUGUCUUAGCUGGGAAUUCUCCGGAGACUUGCUACUGUAAAUAUGGUGCUGUCAGUCUGAAGACCAAAUGUUGCCAUGAGAUGGCACUUCGAAUACUACUUCAAUGUAUAGAGUCCCACGCUAAUCGAUACAGUCGGUACAUAGUACCUCUGCUCAGCAUAUCAGCUGACUUCUACAUACGAGUGUUUGUUAAAAUUUAUUCUGGAGCGAUACACUGCAAGAAGACCACGAGUAAAUUAUCAAUGGUGUAUCAAUGCGUGGGGUGCGACAACAUAACCCUGCAGCCAUUGGGAGGGUUCAAGCCGAACCCUAGCGACAAGAACCCCGCACAGAUGAAAGCUUACCUCCCCGCUUCUCCGCCGGUCGGAGAGUUCUGCUCCAACUGCAACCAAAGGCAUCAUUUGGGUGGCCCGAUCUGGUCCGCGCCAAUUCACGACGAGUCUUUCGUCUCCCGAGUACUGACACACGUGGAAGACAAUCCCCAACUCUUCGGCACCGCCAAGAGGAUAGAGGGUGUACUCUCCAUGGUGAGAGAAGAGCUCCAGGAUGUCCCACUCUACUUUACCCUGGACAAACUAUUUGGCAGAGUGCACUUGGAGACUAUGCCUAUGUUGCUCAUGAGGUCAGCGAUACUCAAUGCUGGGCAUAAAGUGUCAUACUCGCACGCGUCCAAGCUGUCAGUAAAGACGUCAGCGCCGGCGCAAGUCAUCUGGGACAUCAUACGCACUUGGGAAAAGACGCACCCUGUCAAACCGGCCAAGCUGGAAGCUGACCCCGUGGCGAAACACAUCCUCUCGCAAGACGUAAAUUCUCACGUGGACUUGAGUGAGAGGCCGGAUGCGAACCCUAGCAGCCGCCGCGACGGGCGCCUGCGGUUCCAGUUCAACCCCGCGCCGUUUUGGGGACCGGGUUCUAGAGCUGCUGUCAAUGUUGGUGAAGAGAAAAUGUCUAAGGCCAUACGAAACCAGAAUAAACACUCGAAGGACAAUAAGCGACAACAUUCACCCACAGACGAAGACGCGCGAAAAAAGCAACAUGCCGAAAAUGAUAACGUUGUAUAGCGCUCAAUAAACUAUUUAUAUU